CCGGGGAGCGCGGGUGCGGGAGGCGAGGUGAACGGCACGGCGGCCGUCGGGGGGCUGGUGGUGAGCGCGCAGGGCGUGGGCGUGGGCGUCUUCCUGGCAGCCUUCAUCCUCACCGCCGUGGCAGGCAACCUGCUUGUCAUCCUCUCGGUGGCCUGCAACCGCCACCUGCAGACGGUCACUAACUAUUUCAUCGUGAACCUGGCCGUGGCCGACCUGCUGCUGAGCGCCACGGUGCUGCCCUUCUCGGCCACCAUGGAGGUUCUGGGCUUCUGGGCCUUCGGCCGGGCCUUCUGCGACGUGUGGGCCGCUGUGGACGUGCUGUGCUGCACGGCCUCCAUCCUCAGCCUCUGCACCAUCUCCGUGGACCGGUACGUGGGCGUGCGCCACUCGCUCAAGUACCCCUCCAUCAUGACCGAGCGCAAGGCGGCCGCCAUCCUGGCGCUGCUCUGGGCCGUCGCCCUCGUGGUGUCCGUGGGGCCGCUGCUGGGCUGGAAGGAGCCGGUGCCCCCCGACGAGAGCUUCUGCGGCAUCACCGAGGAGGCGGGCUACGCCGUCUUCUCCUCGCUGUGCUCCUUCUACCUGCCCAUGGCGGUCAUCGUGGUCAUGUACUGCCGCGUGUACGUGGUCGCUCGCAGCACCACGCGCAGCCUCGAGGCGGGCGUCAAGCGUGAGCGGGGCAAGGCCUCGGAGGUGGUGCUGCGCAUCCACUGUCGCGGCGCGGCCACCGGCGCCGACGGGGCGCAAGGGGUGCGCAGCGCCAAGGGCCACACCUUCCGCAGCUCGCUGUCCGUGCGCCUGCUCAAGUUCUCCCGCGAGAAGAAGGCGGCCAAGACCCUGGCCAUCGUCGUGGGCGUCUUCGUGCUCUGCUGGUUCCCCUUCUUCUUCGUCCUGCCUCUCGGCUCCCUGUUCCCGCAGCUGAAGCCAUCGGAGGGCGUCUUCAAGGUUAUCUUCUGGCUCGGCUACUUCAACAGCUGCGUGAACCCGCUCAUUUACCCCUGCUCCAGCCGCGAGUUCAAGCGCGCCUUCCUCCGCCUCCUG